UGGCAUUUAAUUAUUUUUUGAAUAGAUAUAAAAAUGGGAAAAUCAUCAAAGGAUAAGAGGGACAUAUAUUAUAGAUUAGCUAAGGAAGAAGGAUGGAGAGCUAGAAGUGCCUUCAAAUUAUUGCAAAUCGACGAAAAAUUUAAAAUAUUAGAAAACGUAACAAAAGCUGUAGAUUUAUGUGCUGCUCCUGGCAGCUGGAGUCAAGUUUUGGCAAAAAAACUGAAUGCUGAUACCUACCAUACUCAAGAAAGUAAUAAAAUUGUGGCUGUCGAUUUGCAAGAUAUGGCUCCAAUUCCCAAUGUGAUCCAAAUUAAAGGCGAUAUAACGAGUGAAAAAACGUCAAUAGAAAUCUUAUCCCAUUUCAAUGGCGAACAUGCGGAUCUAGUCCUAUGCGAUGGAGCUCCGGAUGUUACAGGAUUUCAUGAUAUCGAUGAGUAUAUUCAGCAUCAACUCCUUCUUUCCGCCCUAAAUAUAACAACUCACCUUAUAAAGCCCGGCGGAAAAUUUGUUGCGAAAAUAUUUAGAAGCACUGAGAGUGAUUUAAUUUAUUUGAAAUUGAGAGAGUUUUUUGAUCAUGUGACCUUCGUAAAACCAAGCAGCAGUCGUAAUAGCAGUUCCGAAGCCUUUGCGGUCUGCGAAUCAUACAAUCCACCUUCCGAUUACAUACCUACCUUCCUAUCCCCAUCGGUUAGUAUAUAUGAAGAUCUGGAUGAAGUAACGAGGACCAACGAUUAUUUGGUGGAAAACUUUCAUAACCGACUCAUUAUUCCUUUUGCCUCUUGCACCGAUGAGCGGGGGUUAGAUUCUGAUAGCAACUAUCCUUUCGAGCUCAAUGGUAAUGAAUAUGUGUACCACCCACCCGUCCAGAUGCCAAUAAACCCACCUUAUCAACAUGCUUUGCAACUCAAAAAGAAUGGUAAACUAUCUAAUAUAAAAUCGGGUUAUAAUAACCAAGAUGAAAUUUGUUGAUUUCAAAUAGUGAGAGCAAUUUAGAUAUCCAAAAGUAGUAAAUGUUUUGUUUUUUCUUUUACGCGUAUUUUCUGAGACAA